GCUCCAUAAAAUUUGCUGCUGUUCCUUUAAGGAUCUUCGGUAUUUUCCGGAAUUGCUCGGUACUACGCGGUCGUCGACGAGCCCUUUCACUGCGUCUCCAUCGCCGAGCGGACUACCCCACAGCUCCCAUCCGAGACAGAGCACAGAUUGACGGAUCUGUGACCGCUCAGUGCCGGCGUGUGAAGCUCCAGCUCUGCACAAAUGCAAGCGAUCAAAUGCGUGGUGGUGGGCGAUGGAGCUGUGGGUAAGACUUGUCUGCUCAUCAGCUACACCACCAAUGCCUUCCCCGGAGAGUACAUCCCCACAGUCUUUGACAACUACUCUGCCAAUGUUAUGGUCGAUGGGAAACCGGUAAAUCUGGGCCUUUGGGACACAGCGGGACAGGAGGACUACGACAGGCUGAGACCUUUGUCCUAUCCCCAGACGGAUGUGUUCUUGAUAUGCUUCUCCCUGGUCAGCCCGGCCUCCUUUGAGCACGUCCGUGCUAAGUGGUACCCUGAAGUGCGGCACCACUGCCCCAAUACUCCCAUCAUCCUGGUGGGCACUAAGCUGGACCUGAGGGACGACAAGGACACCAUUGAGCGUCUGCGGGACAAGAAGCUCUCCCCCAUUACCUACCCCCAGGGCCUGGCCAUGGCUCGUGAGAUAGGAGCAGUGAAGUACCUGGAGUGCUCUGCCCUGACCCAGCGAGGCCUAAAGACCGUGUUUGAUGAGGCCAUCCGAGCCGUGCUCUGUCCUCCGCCUGUCAAGAAGAGGGGCAAGAGGUGCACUCUUUUUUAGACUCCGCCCACAUCACCUGGAUGCCACUGCUGGUGCUCUGAGAAUAUGAAAAAGUGAGUGAGAGUGCACUGCUCAGACUGCUUUCUUUAUAUCAAUGUUUUUCCAAGUGAUACUAGCAACAAGACCAUUAUUAUUGAGUCCAAUUUUUUACCAUGGCAAUAUGAAUAUGUCCAUAGAUUCUGUUUGAAAGACUGUCUACAUGCUAGGUACUGUAGAACAUGAGUGUGGCAGGACGGCUACAAGGUUUUCCUGGAACAUGCAGCUCUGAACCAGUGUGUGGGACACGUUGAGAUCACAAAGCAUGUUGUAUACACUGGCAUGAACACUCCGAGGUCGUGCGCUUUUUCCCACAGCGAGCUUUGUCUUCUCUGCACUCAUAAGUGUGGUUCAUUUUAGAGCAGUACCCUUCAUUUCAGUCUGACAGCAACAGAAAGGGUCAUAUCCCAUCCAGAGCAGGGCCAGGGUGUGUUUAAUGCCUGUAGGUCAGUCUGGAGGUUUAUAGUGAGUUUGUAUCCGCUAUUUCAGGUUACUGCCUUCUGUUCUUGUUCAACGUAACACAGACUUGACUUCAACUUGGGCUGUUACAUAUUCUAAAUUCACACAUGCAUCUCUUUGUCAGUAAUUUUUUGACUUGAUUGAAGCAAGCAGUUGAAGCCAAUCAGAUGCACUGAGGCUGUUGAUACUGUGAAGGUACAAAGGAAGGCAGACUGAACUGGAGUGUACCACCAUCUCCAAAUUCACUCUCUCCUGUCUGGAAUGAAGUAUUAGUAAAUGACCAUGAGUAUUUCUUGCAGCCUUUGCGGUCAAUGUCAUACGAAGCCUUGUUUUAUCGUGGCCUUGAGUCAGAACUAUAGGUGAGAGCUUACAGUGCUGUAUGUGUCAAAUAAAUAUUGUUUGCAAUGUACCACAAGGUAUAGUGGAGAUGCGGGGUACUUAGAGAGUUGCUAAUAUUUAAUACAAUAGAAAGAUUAGAUUCUGUGCCAUGUUCAUAAGUACUUUCCACAUGUGUAGUGUACACUGUAUAAAAUUUCUGUCAAACACAUUGUCAUCCUCUCCUUCUCCUACUUCUGUUAAAAUUUGGAUAUUCUUCAAAAAGUUCAGGCAAGCCACACUUAAGUGACCCAUGUUGGGGCCAAAAAGGAAGAAUGCAGUAAGAUAUGCUACAAUUAUUUCUCAUAAUGGUGGCUUAUUUUUUGUAAGUUUUUGUCUUUUGUAGUUGACACUGUUAAUGGCAGAAUUUGUUGGUGUUGAUUUUCUUUUUGCCAAGAUAUGCCAAACCUAUGCAUCUGUUAUGACAUGGUGUGGCUACCCUCACAUUACGACACAUCUAGAAUAGCCAGAACCAACCUUAACUAAACUAUAAACUAAAAUAAUAAAGGAGUGUUGAUCACAUAGCUGCAUACAAUCUUCGUAGUUCUUAAGUAGUAGUACUCUGAAUGAAACAGCUGGUUAAGGAUUGGAGAGCAGUAAAGACUAAUAAGAGUAAUAAAUUAGUGCACUCUGUAGACUUUUUCUAGGCAAGUAGCACUAAUGUUAUCUCUGCAUUGAAGUAGUGAAGGUGCAGGCUUUAAACAAGGCUAUGACAUAAUAGAUUAUGAAUCAGAUUAAUAUAUUUUGCAAAAAACACAACUCCGCAAAGAUAAGACCUCAUUCUUUAGUGCAUGUGCGUGUUUUGUUCAGGCCUUGGUGUGAUUUCCUUUGCAUCGAGUCUGUCACAUUUUGGUACCAUUCAAUUUUAUUUUCCAACACGCUAAAUGCCACCCAAAGAGAAAGAGGUUAUAUACAGCUUAGAAACAAUGAAUGCAUUAUCUAUCUUGAUUCACAUGUACCUGUGCAUUUGAACUUAUGACUCUAAAUCUACUGGAAUCAUAGGCUUUAGUCUCCCCUGAUGAAGUGAGAAAGGAGUCAGUUUGUGCAAGUGGCCCUUUAGCAAAUGCAUUUGUGUUUUUUGGCUGGAGUAAGCGCCCCCAUGUGGCGAGGCGCUGUUCGGCCCUCACUUUAUUUGGGUUGCAAUCUUGCAUAGCACCAGUGUGGUAAACUGAUAUCUGUGGUCUUGCCUAGCUAUAAUUUAAAAUGUAGCUGAGAAACAGCAAAAAAUGUGAUUUACUAUUGCAUGGAAAGUGUCUGGUAUUGAGCUGCUGUAACUCUUAGGAGUGGUACGAAAUGCAUUGGCCAUGUACUUAUGUAAUGUAAGAUGACUUGUUCAAACUGUUUGUCUUAUUUUUUAAUGACUUAACGUCUGUGUGGUGACAUAUUUCAAUUUUGUAUACUAAAUGUAUGGAGAACGUG